AUGGUUGCCAAGAAUCCCCUCACAAACUGGGACGCCAAGUUUGGUAGAUUCCACAGCAUUUGGUCCACCCAGGCCGGUACGGAAUGGGCCAGUAAAUAUGGAGUUUUACCAGAAUUUAUGGACCCCACACAACUCUUUUUUCCUUAUAAAAAGUCGGCUUUAACACCAAACGCAGUUGAUAACCAGCAAUUAAAGGCUGAAAGGAGGAAUCAUCAGAAAUGGAUUCUGUCAGGGUAUUGGCCCGAGCUGUUAGAAGAAAUCGGAGCAUAUCCUUAUCCUUUAAACUAUCUACCGACUCUUACCAAUCCUAUAGAUCCACUUUUUGAAAUAGAUCAAUGGCAGCCUCGUCACACACUAGAGACAUGGCCAGUGAUUCAGAUGGAAUUCCCACCGCACAAACCAUUCUUCCCUGUAGAGCCAGACAAUACUGGGGUAUGGACGGCAGAUAAUCCUGCUGUCUGGAGACGUUUGGACCCGAUAUUGAGAUUGUGUACUAGAUUCUUACAUCAUUCUGCGGCUACAUGCUGGCUUGAUGGUUUCUAUUUUGGGAAUCGUACAGAUGUUCCUGAACGCCUCGAUCGUCGUCCUGCUUGGCAGAAACUGGCACAGGGACCUUUGAAGUUCUUCCACAAACGGGGUCCUGAGCUUCGAAGUAAUGCUCAAACAGCUGAAAAGACUGAAGUGUUGAAGGAAGUGAUGCGUAGAAGAGUUCAAUUUGGCAUUGGUUCCUCCUUUCUCACACCUUGGGAUAGGAGAACGCCAAAUGGAUCUGGUUUGGGUUGGGAAGGCUUCACAAUUGUGUCAACAGAGCGGCAGAAUAGAGAUCUUGAGUUUUACACAGAAAACAAAGCUUGGGUUGAAAUAGCCCUCGAACUGCUUUUACCUUUGUUCAGGAAUGAUCUAUCACCAAUAGAGAGAUUAUCCUGCCAAUUUUAUAUUGCCUCGACUCUUAUGCAUGAGUUUGCACACGCAUUAAACCAACUUCAAGAUCCUCCAAUGGGGCGAACCAUCGUACGAAAUGAGCCGGCGUUCGGUGGCGAUGUGAAUGGUAAUGGUGCUGAGGUAUUUUGCGAGCUAGGCUAUUCAUUUGUCAAAGGGCUCUUCGGUGCAAUGCCAAAGAUUCUUAAUCCUGGAAAUAUUGUUGGUGCUCCCGCAGUAGCUUUAUUGCUCAGUAAAGAGAUUCCCACACGUAAGUACGAUAAGGGAAUUUUCUUGCACGAAGCUGGUGAGCAUUUUGCACAAUAUGAGGAGACGAAUAAGCUUGUACCUAUCGUGUCAAAAUAUUACGAGUUUAUACAUAACGACGAAUUUUGGGAUAGAAUGGCUUCAAACUUUGGCGUGUCUAUAAUAGCACCUACACCAGCUCCAAUUGUUGUUAUUGAACCAGAUCCCUUACGUCCGGAGUUGUCAAGUUAUGUCUUCAACAAUUCUCAAAGAAAGUGGAUGUAUGAGGUGCAAGCUGUAAAAUCGAAUGCUCAAUUGCUCUCAUCAUUAAAUCCAGAACAGAGAAAGGCUUAUGAUGUCGCGUUGUUACAGAGAGACAAUGAGGUCAACAAGUUAAGAAGGGUGCAAUACCUUCAUCUGCGGGAUCAAACAGAAAGAAGUGUCAAUGAGUGUAAUAGUGCUCUUGAACGUUACUUUACACAAAGCCCCGGAGAACUCUCAGAUUCUGAAAUACUUCGACUGCUCCGUUGUUUUGCCGAGAAUCUAAAGCGCGAGGCCGAGCAAGAAACACAAUGCGCUAUUGACUUCAUUGCAGAAGCCGACCUGAAAACCCCAAGCAACGUUGAAUUUAUGGAAAGACUGUUAAGCACAAACCGAGUGGCGAGAAAGAUGGUCGCAAAAGCAAGUGCAGACUGUGAUCGGGUUGGUGUAGCUACACUUGGACCAGACUUUCAUGAUCUACGUGCGACGUUCGACAGAAUCUUGUACAUAUUGCGCGCUAUCAAUUUCAUUCUCGUUCAGAAAGUGAAGCCCGAUAAAAAGGAAACCUACGUGGAGGUAAUUGAUCGAGUUGGAAGUGCUAUGGACUAUGAAGGACUUGAACGUUUGCAAUCAAGUGAUGCACAGAAUGAAAAAUCACAGGUAGAUUCACAAGAAACAAUAAUAGCCCAAGCCAUGAACGCAUACCAGAAGCAUGAUUAUGACGAAUGCCAUCGGCUUGGCAGAAUAUCGUUAUCUCAAUUCGAUCUGGAAGGAUAUGCUCAAGGAAUAGGAAUGGUGCUGAUAGCUAUGCAUCCUGGAGAGAUCAGACGCAGGUGGUGUUCCCGGCAAGGGCUUUACGUUCUCAAUAUCAUGGCUCAAUCAAACGCCACGCCUUUCCUAGAACUAUGGGUAGAAGUUGCAACGCAGGUCCAUGACGCCAUUGAGGAUCUAGUUGUGAAUAUGGGCAUUGGGGAUGCUUUAUGUGUAUUGGGAAUUGAUUGA